AUGGAGCCUUUCCAGUACGAACCCCUCGACCUGGGAAUAAGGUCGUUCCGACUUCUCAUCCUAUACCCCGGAGACGACGACAAGAUCCGAUGCGACAUCUUCCAAGCGGUUCUUGAGCUCGACGAUUUAAUUCCCUACGAGGCCCUUUCGUACGCAUGGGGUGGAAUUGAUCGCACCGAAUCCAUCACUGCCAAUGGCAAGAUACUGCCUAUCACGGAGAGAUUAUUCACGGCCUUGAUUCAUCUUCGCACCCAACAAGCGAGGAUACUUUGGGUGGAUGCAAUCUGCAUCGACCAAGACAACUUUGCUGAGCGAGGGCAUCAGGUGGGACAGAUGGCUGGGAUUUACAGACAAGCUGAGCAGGUACUCAUCUGGUUAGGACCCGGAACACUUGACACAGCACUUCUGAUGGAGGACUUGGCGAUUCUCCAUGAAGCAUCAACACAGCAAAGGCGUCGGGAUGACACUGAUUGGGCAAGAGUCCGGUGGACAUGCCUACAGCUAGGCUAUCCUGAUGCUCGCAAACUUUCCGGCCAGAGCGGAUUGCAGCAGCUCUUACAACAAGCCUGGUUCACGAGAGUGUGGGUUAUACAAGAAGUAUCCUACGCUCGAGCAGCUUCAAUAUGCUGUGGGUUUUCGUCGGUCUCGGCUCAUAUCUUCGUCAUUGCCACACAGCUCAUAAACGUCGAGCUUGAUGAUCAGCGCCAGACUCUCAUGGACCUCAUGCCGAGCCCAUCGAAUAAGAGACAUGGAUCUACGCGGAAAAAGAGUUUACAUACUCUGCUACAAAAGUUCCGCGCAAGCCAAGCGACAGAUCCCCGCGAUAUGGUAUACGCGCUGCUUGGCAUUGCAUCUGACGCGCAACAGAACAACGGGCUGCUAGUACCGGACUAUUUCAAAACUGAAGCAAUGCUCAUCAGAGACCUGGAGUCUUACCUCUUUCUUGGGAACACAACUCGUCAAAGGAGACACUACACACACAUGCGUUCGUUUCUUAACGCACUGCCAAAAUUGACGGAUUCCACGUUCCAUGAACUCAUAAGGACCGGCAGUCUGGAUUCAAUCCAAACGCUUCUGGCUAGGGGUCAGAGCUUCGAGAUCACCCAGAAGGCCAUCUCAGCUUUAGGAGGCAACAGCAUUCGUUCGACCAGCCUCAGAAGUCCGGAGAGCAUACUGGGCAGCCUGCUUCGGCUUAAGGAUUCCAAACUAACCUUCAGCCCGGACGCCAUAGUUAUCGCUUUGUAUUGGUGCAAUGACACCGCAGUUCCUAGCGUAGCAAUCUAUUACGCAGAACACAUGGAAAUCUCAGCAGUGAUAGCAAAAUCUUUGCAGUCAAGAAUUCAUUCUUUGCCAGCGAUUUGUAGAGACAUCACAUCACAUUAUCGGGGCAUCAAAUGGACAGGGGAGGCUCUUCCUGCACUCUUGACCAUUUUGUCAACAGACAACCUUUCUCAUGUUGUCAAGGACCAGCUUGACGAGUGCGAGAUUACUCGAGCUACAGUGGAGGCGUCUCGAAUGAAUGAUGAUCACGGGCUCAACAGUCUGAUCCUUCUUCUGAGUCUGGCAGAUUGGGGAUGGGGUUUCGGUCCAACUUUGGCCAGGCUGCAACCAGACGCUAUACUUUCAAUAUUGGCCUUCUGUAGCGAUGAAGUUGUGGCUUUGCUUCGUCCUCAUCGUAAGGUUGUUGAACUUCAGUUACGGUGGGGCCGCCUGGAACUGGAAAUUCAUAUUGCCAGGAGUCAUGGUGGUUUGGAUUGGGAGUACAUGGUGAACAGUCUGGAGAAGAUGAGACAAAUGCUACGGAGGGAAGCAUCAAUCGGACUGACUGUCAAGUUUGAUGACGGUCAUACUUCAAGAACUAGUUCUAUCGCUUGGGGAGGGUAUGCGUCGGAGGAAAGCUCGUAA